AUGUUUGCCAAGACGAAAGACCACCAAGGCCACAAUGCACUCCACUGUCUCCUGGGAGGAAAUGGAUAUGUCGAUGUUGCCGCCGUCCAGUGCCUAACAGCGCAUAAUGUAGGUGUUGACGAUCUUACUGAUGAUGGCGAUUGUCCUUUGUCAAUGUAUUUCACAAGUUCGAAGCAUUGGCUUGAUCGCUCUUCGCACAAAGCAGAAAUUGUUAAUCAUCUGUUCCGCGCAGGCGCAGACCCCUCUUUUAAAACCGCCAACGGCUGCCUUAACUUCGGUCAUCUUGCAGCUUUUGCAGAUGAAGUUGGCGUUAAGCUUUUGAAGGUCCUGGCAGAGAAUGGAGUCAACUUGGCGGCGGAAGAUUAUGACGGCCGCACAAUGUUGCACCAUUGUGCUUUGCAUGGGUCGAUUGAAGAGGAAGAUACUUUGAGUUUUCUUUGCGAUGAGGUUGGAUUGUCUAACGAUUCUUAUGAUCGUUCUGGAAUGACGCCGCUGGCUCUAGCUACGCAAAAGAAGCUGGAAGUCCAUCAUCCACACCUUUUUCGAUCGAGGCGGUGGAUUCAGACGGAGAACAUCCUAUCCAGCAACCUCAGCGACCACCGGAAGAAUACGUAG